AUGCCUCCAAGAGCCAACACUUCCGAAAAAAGCGACGACGAAAAACUCCUCAUCGCCGUCCUCAGCCAGUGGAACCCGCUUCCUCCGGUCGAUUACCGUAAAUUGGCCGAAGCUCUUGAAGUUAGACCCGGAAUCGCACAAGUACGCUGGUACCGAUUCAAGGCAAGACUUUUCAAAAACAACAAGGAUAGAUCGCAAGUUGAACAGGAAAAAAACAAUAGUCUGGGUGUUGGACACGCAGCCGCCGUAAACGAUAAGCAAAAGAAUAACAGGGGAGGAGGACGGAAGCGGGCAGCCGUGAAGGGAGGAUCGGAUGAGCCACCUACUCAACGCAAGAGAGUUGACAAAUCGAUCGCGAUGUCCUUGAAUGCAGCUACUUCCAAACCGGGUCCGGGCAAAGGAACAAACAAUGACAAGGGACGCUUGGAUGGGCUAGAUGGGAAUGUCAAGGAGGAGAAUGAUCAAUUUGAGGAUGACAUAGAAUGGCUGCAGAUCGGGGAGGAUGGAAAUGAGCUAGAUGGAUGGUCAUCAGGAGACGAGGCUUGA